AUGACGCGCGCCCAGCAGACUCUCUCUGUUCUCCUCCUCGUCUCCUCCCUCUACCUAUCCCUCUAUCUCGGUCUCGUUCCGCUGAACGAAACCAUCCAGCAAGAGAUCAUUCCCGUUCUCCCUUUUUACGCCCUCAUAUCGUUCGGAUGUUACCUUCUUAGCCGCCUCGGGCUAGCGAUCCUCACUUUCCACGACGUGCCCGAGGCGCACAGGGAGCUACAGGGGGAGAUUGAGCAGGCCAAGGCCGAACUGCGCAAGGUGAACGUCGACGUUGACUAA